GGCUACUACUAUGGAACCAUGUUUUACUUUGCCACUCAAGACGCUGGUUACUUUGGCCCUCAACCUCGUAAGGAAGGUUCCAUCAAUCACUUAACUUACAGUGUUUUUGGGUAUGGACCUACCACCGACCACCCUAAUUGCUCUAAGGGUGCUGAUGGAGGACCAGGUGUCUCAUGUGCUGUUGACUUUCCAUGGGAGUAUGGAAAGAACUAUACACAAAUAAUGGAGAGAACUGCGCAAAACGACGAUGGUAGCAACAGAUGGACUGGUACUUUGAUUGAUGAUGCGACUGGCGAGACAGUGGUCACCAUCGGCGAGUACUGGACUCCCAAGAACUAUUCCCUACUUUCAAGCGGAGGUCUCACUUUCAACGAGUUGUAU